CUCCUAGGCGCUGCAUCUCUUGCUUCUUCCUUAGAUCCCACCUCCACCGAAAAACCCAACAAGACAACAUGCCUCCCAAGAAGCCAGAGCCUAAGAAGGAGGCGGCCAAGGCUCCAGCGCCAGCCCCAGCUCCAGCCCCAGCCCCAGCCCCUGAACCACCCAAGGAGCCUGCCUUUGACCCUAAGAGUAUAAAGAUAGACUUCUCUGCUGACCAGAUCGAAGAGUUCAAAGAGGCCUUCUCACUGUUUGACCGGACCCCGACUGGAGAGAUGAAGAUAACCUACGGGCAGUGUGGGGACGUGCUGCGGGCCCUGGGCCAGAACCCCACUAAUGCUGAAGUGCUGCGUGUCCUGGGCAAACCCAAGCCUGAAGAGAUGAAUGCCAAGAUGCUGGACUUCGAGACAUUCCUGCCCAUCUUGCAGCACAUCUCCCGCAACAAGGAGCAGGGCACCUACGAGGACUUUGUGGAGGGGCUGCGCGUUUUCGACAAGGAGAGCAAUGGCACAGUCAUGGGCGCUGAGCUCCGGCAUGUCCUGGCCACACUGGGGGAGAAGAUGACAGAGGCUGAAGUGGAGCAGCUGUUAGCUGGGCAGGAGGAUGCCAAUGGCUGCAUCAAUUACGAAGCCUUUGUCAAGCACAUCAUGUCUGGGUAA